AUGUGGCGACCCUCCCUGGGAGCCCUUGCUGCCUGUUUCUUUUUUCAUAGGCAGAUAGCUUCCCCACCGUCGCUUGCAGCUCACUUGUUGGACCCUCCAUUGCGGGGGAAACAGUUCCCACGCUCUCUGCACCUCACCACUUCUCCACUCACCCCCGCGGCAUCUGCUGAGUCAGCAGACGAAGGACCGGCGGUUCAAAACCACUCAGCUGCUGUCCUGCCCGGCCGGCUGGUGCAACCUCUGUCAGACACGCCGGCCCCGGCAUCGUUUAGGAAGCGACGUUCGUGCCGCCGGCGUGCCUCACCGCAGCCUGAUUCUCCGACUUUCCUACAGCCGGCUGUGGUGAGUCAUAUGGACAAUUCAUCUUCACUCACCUCCUCUGUUUAUUCACUGGACUGUGUGAAAGCUAACCUUGUAGCACAGCCAGCCGCCCGGCCUGGAGCCGUAGCACAGCCAGCCGCCCAGCUAGUAACUCAGUCUUCAGACCAGUCAGCCUCUCAUCCUUGUCCUCAGUUUGAGGUCGAUAUGCCUGCUGGAACAACUCUGCCAUUAUUUCACCCGCCUGCUGUUUCUGCAUCGCUGUCCAGUCUACCACGAGUAGCUGCCACACCAUCAUCACCUCCACCCUUUGCAGCUACUUCUCCACCAGCGUCUCAUCAGACUGCAGCGACCGCAGCACUCUCGGCUUCACCAUCCACAUCGCCUACUCAACCAUCAUCUUCACCACCUGCAGCUACCGCAUCACCAUCUUCAUCUCCGGAUCAACCUUCUGUAGCCGCACCGCAGCCGGAGGAGCUCAGCGAGCCCGAGCUGAAGCUCAGCGAGCGGGAGGAGCCCGCGUCGCCAGCUGUGGAGCUCGCGCCGCAGCCGGAGGAUCAGCUCAGCGAGCGGGAGGAGCCCGCGUCACCAGCUGUGGAGCUCGCACUGCAGCCGGAGGAGCAGCUCAGCGAACUGCAGCAGGAGCUCGCGCCGCAGCCGGAGGAGCUCUGUGACCUGGAGUGGGAAUUCGGCGAGCUGGAGGAGCGGCCACCAUCAAGAGAGGGGCUCGGUGGGCCGGGGAAGCGCGCACCGCCAUCGGAGGUCGACAUCGCCGUCCACGCCUUCGACGACCAGCGCGCCGUCCACGCUUUCCUCGCCUUCCACGUCCAGCGCGUCGGGGAUCCUGGGCCUUUCAACUCUGUCGCCUGCCGGGGCUGCAAUGCCACCGGACCCGUGGCAGGCCGCCGGAGCCGCAACGCCGCCGCAACCGGACCCGUGGCAGGCCGCCUGAAGAGUUCUGCUUCCAUCACGGGGUCGGAGGUAGGCCGCCUGAACUGUUUUUCCACCACUGCCUGA